UAAUGAGGCGGGGCGCGGCGGCGGGCUAAGUAGCUGCUGGGCGGCGGCGGCUGCGGGCUCGGAUCAGCCGGGCGGGAGCAGUGUAGGCGCGGGGUCACCAGCCAGCGCGAAGCCACACAUGGAGCCGCCCGGUGGGGGUCUGGGACCCGGCCGCGGGACCCGGGACAAGAAGAAGGGUCGGAGCCCAGAUGAGCUGCCGCCGGCGGGCGGCGACGGCGGCAAAUCCAAGAAAUUUACUCUGAAGCGGCUCAUGGCAGAUGAGCUGGAGAGAUUUACCAGCAUGAGAAUUAAGAAGGAGAAGGAGAAGGCCAAUUCUGCUCAUAGAAAUUCUGCAUUGUAUGGGGAUGAUCCCACAGCACAUUCAUUGCAAGAUAUUUCAGAUGAGCAAGUUUUAGUACUCUUUGAACAGAUGCUGGUGGACAUGAACCUGAAUGAGGAGAAACAGCAGCCUCUGCGGGAGAAGGACAUUAUCAUCAAGAGGGAGAUGUUGUCCCAGUACUUGCACACGUCCAAGGCUGGCAUGAGCCAGAAGGAGAGCUCUCGGUCUCCCAUGGUGUACAUUCAGGAACUGAAGUCAGGCUUGCGGGACGUGGCUCUGCUCAACUGCCUGGAGUCCCUUCGUGUCUCCCUCAACAACAACCCCGUCAGCUGGGUGCAAACAUUUGGGGCAGAGGGCCUGGCCUCCUUGUUGGACAUCCUCAAACGACUCCAUGAUGAGAAGGAGGAGACUCCUGGGAGCUAUGAUAGCCGUAACCAGCAUGAGAUCAUUCGCUGCCUGAAAGCUUUUAUGAAUAACAAGUUUGGAAUCAAGACCAUGUUAGAGACGGAAGAAGGAAUCCUGCUGCUGGUCAGGGCCAUGGACCCUGCUGUUCCCAACAUGAUGAUCGAUGCGGCCAAGCUGCUUUCUGCUCUUUGUAUCCUGCCACAGCCGGAGGACAUGAAUGAACGGGUUUUGGAGGCAAUGACAGAGAGAGCUGAGAUGGAUGAGGUGGAACGUUUUCAGCCACUGCUGGAUGGACUAAAAAGUGGGACCUCCAUUGCACUCAAGGUGGGAUGCCUGCAGCUGAUCAAUGCUCUCAUCACCCCAGCUGAAGAACUUGACUUCCGAGUUCAUAUCCGAAGUGAGCUGAUGCGCUUGGGGCUACACCAAGUGUUGCAGGACCUUCGGAAGCUUGAAAAUGAAGACAUGAGAGUGCAGUUGGCUGUGUUUGAUGAGCAAGGGGAGGAAGACUCCUACGACCUGAAGGCACGGCUGGAUGACAUUCGAAUGGAGAUGGAUGAUUUCAGUGAAAUCUUCCAGAUUCUCUUAAACACAGUGAAGGAUUCGAAGGCAGAGCCACACUUUCUGUCCAUCCUGCAGCACCUCCUCUUGGUCCGAAAUGACUAUGAAGCCAGACCGCAGUACUAUAGGCUGAUCGAAGAAUGUAUUUCCCAGAUAGUUCUGCGCAAGAACGGGGCUGAUCCUGACUUCAAGUGCCGGCGCCUCAAGGUUGAUAUUGAGGGAUUGAUUGGUCAAAUGAUUGAUAAAACAAAGGUAGAGAAAUCUGAAGCCAAAGCUACAGAGCUGGAAAAAAAGCUGGACUUGGAGCUAACAGCCCGGCAUGAGCUACAGGUGGAAAUGAAGAAGAUGGAAAGUGACUUCGAGCAGAAGCUCCAGGGUCUUCAAGGAGAAAAGGAUGUACUGGAUUCUGAAAAGCAGCACAUUGCCACAGAGAAGCAGAGCCUGGAAGCAGAGGUGUCCCAGCUCACAGGGGAGGUUGCCAAGCUGUCCAAGGAGCUGGAGGAUGCCAAGAAAGAAAUGGCUUUUCUCUCAGCUGCAGCUGCCGCAGCCCCGCCCAGCAGUGCUGCUGUUCCCCCUGCCCCACCUUUACCUAGUGACUCUGGCACUGUUAUUCCACCCUCACCUCCUCUGCCUGGGGGUGGUACCAUUCCUCCUCCACCACCUCCCCCUCCUUUGCCUGGGGGUGUUGCCAUCCCCCCACCCCCUCCUUUGCCUGGGGGUGCUGCCAUCCCCCCACCUCCCCCUUUACCUGGGGGUGCUGCCAUCCCCCCACCCCCUCCUUUGCCUGGGGGUGCUGCCAUCCCCCCACCUCCCCCUUUGCCUGGGGAUUCUGCCAUCCCCCCACCCCCUCCUUUGCCUGGGGAUUCUGCCAUCCCCCCACCCCCUCCCUUGCCUGGGGGUGCUGGCGUCCCCCCACCUCCUCCCUUGCCUGGAGGACCAGGAAUGCCCCCUCCCCCUCCCCCUCUUCCUGGUGGUUCCGGAAUCCCCCCACCCCCUCCAUUUCCUGGAGGCCCUGGCAUUCCUCCACCUCCACCAGGAAUGGGUAUGCCUCCACCUCCUCCUUUCGGAUUUGGAGUUCCUGCAGCCCCAGUUCUGCCAUAUGGAUUAACCCCAAAGAAGCUUUAUAAGCCAGAAGUGCAGCUCCGGAGGCCAAACUGGUCCAAGUUUGUUGCUGAGGACCUUUCCCAGAACUGCUUCUGGACGAAGGUGAAGGAGGACCGCUUUGAGAACAAUGAACUUUUUGCCAAACUUACCCAUGCCUUCUCUGCCCAGACCAAGAGUGAGUCUCUUCCCCUUUGGUGCACAGGGCCAACGUAGGACUUAGAAUAUUCU